AGUUCACGACCAACUUGGCCCGCUCUCCCCGUUGCCAUUACCCACCUCGCCUGACAACAGCCAGCACCGAUCGCUGAGAGCCGUCGUCAAAGAUGUCCAAGGACCACACCUCCCUGCCGAUGCAGUCGCAUGGCAUCGACGAGAAGCACGACCCUAUUGCUGGGCAUGCCUCGCCUUCUCGCCCCUCGCACUUGGCUUCGUCGAACAGCCACGGCCCAUCGCUUCCCGGUGGCACGAAUGCUAAGCAGCAGGACAAGAAGGUUCAUCCUGCCGUUAUUAUCAUACUCUGGAUCUUCCUCAGCGGAACAGUCAUCGUAUACAACAAAUACGUUCUUGAUGACAAGACUGGCCUUAAUUUCCAGUACCCCGUCUUCCUCACCACCUUCCACAUGGCUUUCUCGACCGUCGGUACCAGGUUGCUUGCCCGUUACACUCACCUCAUGGACGGACUGGCCAAUGUUGAGAUGACGCCAGAGCGUUGGUACAAGAACAUCUUGCCAAUUGGUGCCCUCUUUUCUGCCUCGCUCGUUACGUCCAACAUGGCCUACCUGACUCUUUCAGUCAGCUUCAUUCAGAUGCUCAAGGCUUUCAUGCCCGUUGCAGUCCUUCUCAUCUCCUUUGUCAUGGGCCUCAAGCAACCCUCGGGCACCCUCCUGGCCAUCGUCUUCUCCAUCUCGCUCGGUGUAGCCACUGCAUCGUACGGUGAAGUGGACUUCGUGAUGUCUGGCUUCCUCUACCAAGUCAUGGCCAUCGCCUUCGAGUCAUCGCGCCUCGUCAUGAUCCAGGUGCUGCUCCAAGGCCUCAAGAUGGAUCCCCUCGUUUCGCUUCACUACUUCGCCCCAGUUUGCGCCGCCAUUAACUUUGUUCUCCUCAUCUUCUGGGAAGGCUUCGAGCCUUUCCUCGACCUCCACCGGAUUGGCCCCUUCGUCCUCUUGACCAAUGCCGCCGCGGCUUUCUGCCUCAAUAUCACGGCUGUCUUCCUCAUCGGUGCCGCCUCGUCACUCGUCCUGACCCUCUGCGGCGUCAUCAAGGACAUCCUCCUCAUCAUGGGCAGCGUCGUUCUCUUCAACUCCGUCGUCACUUGGCUCCAGAUUGGCGGUUAUUCGGUUGCGCUCUUUGGUCUGGUUCUCUUCAAGCUCAAGGGAUAGACUAGCCCAGCCUCCGCCUGACGACGAG